AAAUCAGCGCGCUGAAUUUGACUGCCUCGGGUUUCUGACAGCACGGUGCACUGUCGAUAGGCUCCAGGAUUUUGUCUAUUUUUAAGUUGGCAGUUUUGCUUAGUAAAUGCUACAAGCUCUACAAGAAUGGAAGAUGACAGAAUGGAUGUGGUAAACCAACACAUUAUCAAUGUGGAAGUCCACGUUAAAUCCACCAGCACAGUUAAACUGACUGACGUGCAGACUCAUGUUCAGACUCUACUGAAUCGCCACAGCACGGUUUUUGGAAACUUCAGAUGGACAGAGUUUGACGAGGACUUCCUGCGGAAGAAUGUGGAAUCUGUAGCUAUAGUUGAUCUCGAGGAAAUGAUAACACAGCCCAUUGAUUUAAAGAGCUGCUCAGUCUCUAUUCACAUGUUCAUCCUGAAUGAGGAUGGACCCAGCAUGCUCAGUUUGGAGGAAGAUGAGGAGCUUUCAGCAGCUAACCACUGGCUGCUGCCAGCAGCUGAAUUCCAUGGGAUCUGGGAAAGUCUAGUAUAUGAGACUGGUGUCAAAACUAAGCUCCUGGAUUAUGUCACAACAACAAUAUACUUUUCAGAUAAAAAUGUGGACAGCAACCUCAUUUCAUGGAAUCGAGUCGUGCUGCUUCAUGGACCUCCCGGCACAGGGAAAACAUCACUCUGCAAAGCUCUUGCCCAGAAACUGUCAGUCAGACUUUCACGUCGGUAUUCAUAUGGCCAAUUCGUGGAGAUAAAUAGUCACAGCUUAUUCUCAAAGUGGUUUUCAGAGAGUGGGAAGCUGGUCACAAAGAUGUUUCAAAAGAUUCAGCAACUGAUUGAUGACAAAGACACACUUGUGUUUGUUCUGAUUGAUGAGGUGGAGAGUCUAACGGCAGCAAGGAAUGCCUGCCAGGCGGGAACCGAACCUUCCGACGCCAUACGAGUUGUGAACUCUGUCCUCACACAGCUGGACCAGAUCAAACGACAUUCCAAUGUAGUGAUCCUGACAACCUCCAACGUGACGGAAAAGAUUGACUUGGCAUUUGUGGACAGAGCUGACAUCAAGCAGUACAUCGGACCCCCAUCUGAGAAAGGCAUCUAUAACAUCUACCUCUCCUGCCUUGAGGAGCUGAUGAAGUGCCAGAUCAUCUACCCGCGGCAGCAGUUAUUCACCAUGUACGAGCUGGAAACUAUGGGCUUUACAAAGAGUGAGGUGUCGGAACACAGUCUGAAUCUGAGAAACAUUGCUAUAAAAAGCAAAGGUCUGAGCGGAAGAGCUCUCAGGAAGCUACCAUUUCUUGCCCAUGCACUCUUUGUAAAGACACCAACAGUAACUCUUGAACUCUUUCUGGAGGCCAUGAGCAGAGCGGUGGAUAAACAGAGGGAGGAGAAGGCAAAUCUGGUCAACGGUGUCUGAACUUAUGAGUUUUCAAGGGCUGACCCUUGACUGUUUGUAACUGUAUAUCUUACCAAACAGGUUUUAUUUCUUUUGUUUAAGCUUAAUACAUUAAUUUGAUAGUUCAUUAAAUAUUAGUGCCAUAGAUACUGUUUUAACAAAUAUACGUAACAGGAAAUGAAUUAAUUUUGUUGGUGCUAACAUCUUAAAAGACCAAUACGAUGUCUGUCAGUGCAGAACGUUCUGUUCAAGAUGUUCCUGAUGCUUGAAUAUUCUCUGCACUAAUUAACUCUUAAUUUGGUCAUCAUUUUCUCUUUUGAUGUUUUAUAUUAAACUUUAUUAAACACAGCUUUAACCUUAACAAUGCCAGUGUUUUUGUCUAAAGGGAUCCUUUUUUAAAAAAAACAUGGUUUGCACGCCUUAUUUGUUAUUAUUUGCUCAAAGUGGCAUCAGUGCAAAGACAUGCUGUAAGUUCAGUCAGGUGUUUUGUUGGACGUAUCUCAUUUAAAGUGGUUGCAGAUCAUUUAUUGAACAGAAAUAGGCCAUUAAAAAUGUAGGAAAUGUUUGCAAAGUUUGUUAUGGAAGAAUAACUGUUUAAUUCCUGUUGUUUUCGAUAGAUGUCGCUCAUUAUAUAGCUUAAGAUUAAAAAAAUCUUUCCCCAUAAAUAUGCCAU